AUGACCGGCUUCAUCACCCUCUUCCCCGAAGAGCCCGAAGAUAUGUGGCACGCCUUCAACCUCAUCCGCCCCGGCGACCGCCUCCGCGCCAACGCCCUCCGCCGCGUCACGCUCGAGUCCAAGACAGGCUCCACGCAGUCGCAGCGCGUGCAGACGGUGCUCACCAUCACGGUCGACAAGGUGGACUUUGACGCGCAGGCCGGCCAGCUGCACCUCAACGGGCGCGUGUGCGAGGAGAACAAGUACGUGGCCGUCGGCGUGCACCACACGCUCGACCUGGAGCUGUACCGCAACUUUACCGUCAUCAAGGCCGAGUGGGACUCGGUGGCGCUGGAGAUGGUCAGGGAGGCGUGUGAUGCGCGCGAGAGGAGCGAGAUUGGCGCGGUGGUGCUGCAGGAGGGUAUGUUGCCCGUGGGUUUGGAGCUUCUUCUUGUUCUUCUUCUGUUGCUGCUUCUGCUUGGGUGCGGUUUUGGAUUUGGGGGAGCUGUGGAGAUUGAUGGUGGUGCUGUGCCGUGUAGGGCUGGCGAAUGUGUGCUUCAUCACGGACCACAUGACGAUCCUGCGCCAAAAAGUCGAAGUCCCGUGCCGCGGAAACGGAAAGGCAUAACCUCCAGCUACGAAAAAGGCCUCGAAAAGUUCUACGAAGCAACCUACCAAUCCCUCCUGCGCCACUUUGACUUCACCGCCCUCAAAGUAAUCCUCCUCGCCUCCCCCGGCUUCGUCGCCGAAGGGCUACGCGCGCACAUCUUCGCCGCCGCCCUACGCACCGACGCGCGCCCCGUCCUCGUCGCCAAGCCCAAGUUUGUCGUCGUGCACUGCACCUCGGGGCACAUCCACUCGCUCAACGAGGUUCUCAAGUCGCCCGCCGUCACGGCCAAGCUGACAGACACAAAGUUUGCGCGCGAGACGCGGGCGGUGGAGCGGUUCUUUGCGAUGAUGAGCACGGAUGAGGCGCGGGCGUGGUAUGGGCCGCGGGAGGUGGCAAGGGCGGUGGAGAAGGGCGCGGUGGGGACGCUGCUGGUGAGUAAUAGUCUGUUUAGGAGUGAGAAGGUGAGUGAGCGCAGGAGGCAUGUGAAGAUGGUGGAGGAGGUGAAGAGGGCGGGGGGGAGGCGCUGGUGUUGA